AUGUCAGACACGCUACAGGAUGUCCAGGAGGGGGAGAUUGAGUCCAACUGGGAUCAGAUAGUUGACAACUUCGAUAAUAUGGACCUGAAAGCCGAACUCCUUCGUGGUAUCUACGCCUACGGUUUUGAGCGUCCUUCUGCAAUCCAACAACGCGCUAUCGUGCCCGUCAUUAAGGGCCACGAUGUUAUUGCUCAGGCGCAAUCCGGUACCGGCAAGACCGCUACUUUCUCCAUCUCGAUUCUCCAAAAGCUUGAUCUUAGCAUCAAGGGGACCCAGGCACUCAUCCUGGCUCCUACUCGCGAGCUCGCUCAGCAAAUCCAAAAGGUCGUCAUUGCUCUGGGCGACUACAUGAACAUUGAGUGUCACGCGUGUGUCGGUGGUACCAACGUCCGCGAGGACAUGGCAAAACUGCAGGAAGGCGCGCACGUCGUCGUUGGUACCCCUGGACGUGUCUUCGAUAUGAUCAACCGUCGGGCGUUGAGGACCGAUACGAUUAAGAUUUUCUGUUUGGACGAGGCUGAUGAGAUGUUGUCCCGUGGAUUCAAGGACCAGAUUUACGAAGUUUUCCAACUGCUUCCCCAGGACACGCAGGUUGUUCUCCUCUCAGCAACCAUGCCAGCAGACGUGCUCGAGGUCACGAAGAAAUUCAUGCGUGACCCAGUCCGUAUCCUAGUCAAGCGUGACGAGUUGACGCUCGAAGGUAUCAAACAAUUUUACAUUGCUGUGGAGAAGGAAGAGUGGAAACUGGACACGCUUUGCGAUUUAUACGAGACGGUGACGAUUACCCAGGCUGUCAUCUUCUGCAACACUCGACGGAAAGUCGACUGGUUGACUGAGAAGAUGCAUUCAAGAGAGUUCACGGUUUCCGCCAUGCAUGGCGAUAUGGAGCAGAAACAACGUGAAGUGCUGAUGAAGGAGUUCCGCUCAGGCUCAUCCCGUGUGCUGAUUACGACCGAUCUACUUGCGCGUGGCAUUGAUGUCCAGCAAGUCUCCCUUGUCAUCAAUUACGACCUGCCGACGAACCGCGAGAAUUACAUCCACCGUAUUGGUCGUGGCGGUCGAUUUGGGCGUAAGGGUGUGGCCAUUAACUUUGUGACAACGGAGGAUGUGCGGAUGCUUCGUGACAUUGAACAGUUCUACAACACUCAAAUUGAUGAAAUGCCCCUGAACGUCGCCGACCUCAUCUAG